AUGUCAAUGGCCUUAGAAGACCCACCUCGCCUUGAUCAUGACGAACCACAAUCACCUGAACCGCUACAGCGGAGUGAAAGCGAGCUUUCCGACGUCAAUGAUAUCCCUACCACUUCGCAUCACACAGCUACACAGCUAGACGAGCCAAUUUCAGACAAUGAUGCCAUGCAUGACAUGGCCACAUCAGAUCUCGACGCAGACGCAGACGCGGAUGCAAAUGAAGGAGGAGAUGAUGAUUUUGAAGAAGACGGGGAUGUCUCUGUUCAGGAUAAUGUGUUGGCACGUGAUGUGUCUUCGUCAGAGGCCGGAUCAUCAUCAGGGAAGCGCAAAGUCGAGGAUGUUGACGAUGAGGAAUACAUGAAGCAAAACCCAGAGCUGUACGGUCUACGGCGGAGUGGAAGGGCACGACCUACUCGCCGCGUGAUCGAUAGCUCAGACGAGGAAGAAGAGGACGAUGAUGACGACGUCGUAUACAACAACAGCCGGCGGAAGCGCCAAAGGACUAUGCCGAAUGGGUCAUGUUCGUCAUUCUUAAAUUCAUCGCUGUCACGCAGUCGUACAGAUCGCUUACCUUUAGCAGCAUCGGCCCGCAUUGACAGAGACGACGCCGUCCGAGUAGAGUCCGCCGCAUCGGAGUCGGAAGAGGAUGACACGUAUGGUGGACAACGUGGUCGCACAUUCGCCAAAAAGCACAGGCAAAAGCUCCACGCGUCAGCCUCGGGGAGUGGCACGCCACAGCUCGGCGAGGUCCGCUUCUCGACACGCCGAGCUGCCAAGAUCGCGAAUUACAACGAGGACGAUGAUUACGGCUUCAGCGAAGAGGACGACUCAGAGAACGUAACACCAAACUACUACACACAAGUACAGGAUGAGUCGACAGGCAUAGACCAAGUGCUCAGCCACCGGUUAAAAGACGACGUGACGGACCCGAGUGAUCCGGACAAACACGAUUAUGAGUUUUACAUUAAAUGGCAAGGGCAAGCUCACUACCACGCAACAUGGCACCCCUGGUCUGAGCUAUCGUCAUAUCGAGGCUUUCGCAGACUGGAAAAUUACUUUCGCAAAGUGGUCAAGGUCGAACUCAGCCUGUUGCACGAUCCCGAGGUCCCUCCAGAGGAUAGAGAACGCUGGAAUCUGGACCGCGAAGCGUACCUUGAUUCACUGAACGACUACAAACAGGUUGAGCGAGUCAUCGGCGCACGAGAUGGCGUGACAGGAACCGAGUAUUAUGUCAAGUGGAAGGGCUUGUUCUACGACUCAUGUACGUGGGAGUCUGAGGAGCUCGUGGGCGCCGAAGCCCAGAUUCAGAUCGAUCGCUACCUUGAUCGAUCGGCGAAGCUGCCCGUGUCUGAUAGGACCGAGAGCAACGUCAACAGUCGUGCCGAAUACAAGCCGUUCAGGACCCAGCCUUCAUAUAUCAAAGGAGGUAUUCUUCGAGAAUUUCAGAUGCGCGGACUGAACUUCUUGGCCCAUCAUUGGUGCAAAGGAAACAAUGUCAUUCUUGCCGACGAGAUGGGUUUGGGGAAGACAGUUCAGACCGUUUCUUUCAUGAAUUGGUUGAGACAUGACCGCCGACAAAAUGGACCCUUCAUCGUCGUGGUGCCUCUAUCUACCAUGCCCGCCUGGGCGGACACCUUCAACAACUGGACUCCAGACCUCAACUACGUCGUAUACAACGGCAAUGAAGCAUCUCGAAAGAUCAUCCGCGAAUAUGAGCUCUUUGUCGACGGGAACCCCAAGAAGAUCAAAUUCAAUGUGCUGCUGACCACUUACGAAUACAUUUUGGUGGACUCAAGUAUUCUAUCGCAACUGAAAUGGCAAUUCAUGGCAGUUGAUGAAGCGCAUCGCCUGAAAAAUCGUGAGUCGCAGCUCUAUGCUAAGCUGAUCGACUUUGGAGCCCCGAGCAGGCUGCUCAUUACCGGUACCCCCAUGCAAAAUACACUCAGCGAGCUGUCAGCCUUGAUGGACUUUUUGAUGCCGGGCAAAAUUCAUGUUGAAGAAGACAUCGACCUCACCUCUGAGCAUGCAAGCAGGAAACUCGCCGAACUCACAGACGCAAUCUCGCCUUACAUGAUUCGCCGCACGAAGCAGAAAGUGGAACAUGAUCUACCACCAAAGACGGAGAAAAUCAUUCGAGUUGAGCUUUCUGAUGUGCAGCUGGAAUAUUACAAGAACAUUCUCACCCGCAACUACGCCGCGCUCAAUGCCGGUUCAAAGUCUGGCAAAACAUCUUUGCUCAACAUCAUGAUGGAGUUGAAGAAGGCUAGCAAUCACCCAUUCAUGUUCCCGAACGCCGAGGAUCGUAUCCUGGCAGGUAGCGACAGCCGCGAGGACCAACUCAAGGGCCUCAUCACGUCCAGCGGGAAAAUGAUGCUCCUUGAUCAGCUGCUGACAAAGAUGAAGAAGGACGGCCAUCGUGUGCUGAUCUUCAGCCAGAUGGUUAAGAUGCUUGAUAUUCUGGGCGACUACCUUCAGCUUCGUGGUCAUCAAUUUCAAAGACUUGAUGGCACCAUUGCUGCCGGUCCGCGACGUAUGGCAAUUGAUCAUUUCAAUGCUCCAGGAAGUCAAGACUUUUGUUUCCUGCUAUCCACCCGUGCUGGAGGACUGGGUAUUAACCUUAUGACCGCUGACACCGUCAUUCUUUUCGACUCUGACUGGAAUCCUCAAGCUGACUUGCAAGCUAUGGCGCGAGCGCAUCGAAUCGGACAGAAAAACCCAGUCACGAUCUAUCGUCUUGUGUCCAAAGACACCGUCGAAGAGGAAGUGCUCGAGCGAGCGCGGAACAAGCUGAUGCUGGAGUUCAUUACGAUUCAGCGUGGUGUCACCGAUAAGGAUGCUCGAGAACUUGGCGACCGCAUGGCACGAAUCGGCGCCAGCACUGCCGAGCCGACCUCAUCGGACGACAUAUCACGUAUCCUCAAGCGUCGCGGACAGAAGAUGUUUGAACAGACCGGUAAUCAGCGCAAGCUUGAAGAGCUCGAUAUCGACGCUGUCCUCGAGAAUGCAGAGGAGCACCAAACCGAACAGCCCGAAGGCAUGACAACUGACGGUGGCGAGGAGUUCUUGCGGAGCUUUGAAUACACCGAUGUCAAAAUUGACCUUGAAUGGGAUGAUAUCAUUCCCAAAGAUCAACUUGAAAAGAUCAAGGCCGAAGAGCGCAAAAAGCAAGAAGCUGAGUACUUGGCUUCGGUUGUUGAAGAAAAUCAGCCUCGGAAGAGAAAAGCUGUUGGCGAAGAUGGAAGAGAGCAACGCGCAGCCAAGAAGAGAGCUCGAGAGUUGACAGAAGCUGCUGCUGAAGACGUAUCUGACGACGAUGAUUCUGAUCAAGGAAGCGAUCCAAAACGUCCACUUGGAGAGAAGGAAUGCCGCCAUCUCGUGCGUGCUUACGAACGAUACGGAGCAAUUGAGGAAAAGGAAGAGGAAAUUCUGCGCGAAGCUCGCCUCCUCGGACGAGACGUGGACGUGGUUAAGAAUACCCUAAAAGAAAUCAUUGAUACGGCCAUCAGGCUACAAAAGGAGCAUGCUGAUCAGCUCGCAGAGCUCGAGCGCUCGACUAAUAAACCAGUCACGAAGAAAGAGAAGAAAGCCGUCUUGUUCGACUUUCGAGGGGUGAAGCGCCUCAAUGCUUCGACACUUACUGAGCGGCCUGAAGAAAUGCGCAUGAUUCGCAAUUGCGUGGACCAGAUGUCUGACUGGAGAAACUUUCGCGUGCCCGAGGCAUCAAAGCCCGCUGCUUACACUGCCGAAUGGGGAGCAAAAGAAGAUGGCAUGCUUUGUGUUGGACUUGCCCGUCACGGCUACGGUGCGUGGGUGCCGAUCCGGGAAGAUCUGGAGCUAGGUCUGCAUGACAAGUUCUAUCUGGAGGAGCACAGGAUUGGCGCUAAAGAGGAACGUAUCAAGGGUGGUGAGGAAAGCAAACAGGCAAAGUCACCGGGCGCGGUACAUCUAGUCCGGCGUGCCAACUAUCUUCUGAGCGUCCUCAAGGACAAGAUCAGCAAUGGGACGAAUGUGGCUGCCAAGAAGGCUAUUGAGAACCAUCAUCGCAACAACAGGAAACACAUGGGUCAAUUUCAUGGCCGAUUUGGCACACCCAAUUCUGGAAGUCCAGGUCCUCAAGGCCGGAGAAUGGACGGCAGAGGACACCAUCACUCUGAAAGUCGUGGAAGCAUUGACCGCCGAGGUACAUAUGGCUCGCCGAACGGCCAUCAUCGCGACAAUGACCGCCCAAAGAUGCGUGCAACGGACGAGCACCGGCCCCGGCACAGCCGAAAUGACAGUUCAUCUGCCAACAAGAACGGCGUUCACAGGCCUCGCUCCACAUCUGAAGAUCCUCUGCGGCGGAUAUUCGAUCCCAUUAUCAGCAACCUUAUCAAGGUGUCAGGCGCAACCAAAAAGAAGGUCCCCGACAAUGACGAGCGUCUCAAGCAGAUCAAGCAGGGCCUUGUUGCCAUUGGCAAUCACAUCAACGGCGAAAUGCGUAACAAGGACGACAAGCAGUUUGAAGAUAAACUUUGGGGCUAUGUUUCUGAGCAUUAUUGGCCCCAAUCUAAGUCCGAUGAUAAACGCGUGCCAGGGGACAAAUUGAGAGACAUGUACAAAAAGAUUGCUGGCAAGGACUCGGCCAAGGAUCAGGCGAAGAACUUGCCUUCUGGUGCUUCUGGGGCUGGUCACCCAGCGAACGGGGCCACGUCUGACGUCAAGUCCGAGACCGCGGAGGCUGUGCCGGCGGAAUUGAACGCAAAGUCGGACCCAGCACGGGCGUGA